GGAAACCCUGGAUUUGGGCUAGGGCCGCUUCAGCAGAGCUCCGCCUCCCUCUCAGAAGGAGGAUGUGAAACCUAUUCCCCUGAUUUGUGCAAACCAACCCCCCUAGUUCAAAGAACAGAAACCAAACCCUCCUCUGACUGCAGCCCCUCCCUUUAGGGACCAAGCAGGCAGGAUUGGAAUCUAGGAAGUGCAGAGCAGAGGGCAGAGACUGUGAGGGGCAGGAUCUAGAAGGAAAUCUGGGCAGAUCAGCCUUUGCUUCCCAGCUGUUCUGCUCUCCGAAAACACCAGAAACCCAGCACUCUGCAUUCGGUCUCCUGCUGGACAUCCCAGCUAAGAAGACGCCAUAGACAGCUACCCCAGCGACCUUGUUCCCAGGGAAGAGGGGACAUCACAGGAGGGUCACUCACUUCAUCACUGGGGAGCAGCACCAUCAACUGUUACCAGCCAUGGGUCAGUCCUCCUCUUCUACACCCCCUCAGAAGGAGGGGCCUGAUUUGACCUCCAGCCUCGACACAAAUCUUUACAAUUUCAAGAUGGAAACCAAGAUCCUGCCUCAGGAAUUAACCACCUUGAUUGGAUCAUACCUAAAGGAUGGAAACCUGCGGGGAACAGUUUCUGCAAUCAGCGAUGCUCUGAGUGACAUCGAGAAAGCCCCGCUGAACAUUGCAGUGAUGGGAGAGAUUGGGGCUGGAAAAUCCAGUCUCAUCAAUGCUCUACAGGGAGUGGGGCCUGAUGAAGAGGAUGUGGCUGCUUCCACUGGAGUGAUAUGUACCACCACGGAGAGAAAACCAUACCCAUACUCCAAGGCUCCCAGUGUGACACUGUGGGACCUGCCGGGCAUCGGGUCCACUGCCUUCCAACCGUUACAAGAUUACCUGAAGAAAAUCAAGUUUGAGGAGUAUGACUUCUUCAUUAUUGUCUCUUCUGGACGCUUUAAACACAAUGACGCAGAACUAGCCAAAGCCAUCGUGCAAGUGAAUAGGCGUUUCUAUUUUGUUCGAACCCACACAGAUCAUGAUCUAAUGGUUCAAAAACAGUGUAGUCCUCAGAGAUUCAAUAGAGAGAACACCUUAAAGCAGAUUCGAAAUUCCAUCUCAAGUAUACUUCAGGAAGUGACCCAGCAGGAGCCUCCAGUCUUCUUAGUCUCUAACUUUGAUGUGUCUGACUUUGACUUCCCAGAGCUGGAGGCCACCCUUCUGAGGGAGCUCCCAGACCACAAACGUCACAUCUUCAUGCUCACUUUGUCAGUUGUUACGCAGUCUGCCAUAGACCAGAAGAGGGACACACUGAAACAGGAGGCCUGGAGGGAAUACGUAAUGCCAAGGGCAUGGGUCACCAUGUCAUUUAAGGGCUUGACCAAAAAUGACAUAGAGAUGUUGGAAGAGACUUUGAACUUCUGCAGAUCCUCCUUUGGCCUGGAUGAGGCAUCCCUGGAAAACAUCGCUGAGGAUUCUCACAUGGCCCUGGAGGAACUCAAGGAGAACAUUAAGUCUCCACAUUUGUUCUCAGAAGAGCAGGGUAAAUCCUUAACAGAUAAACUUUUGGAGUACAUUAGCCAUUCUUACUUUUCAAAGACUUUGCACUUGCAAAAUUUCUUCAUUGACACUGUGGCAAAUGAUGUUAAGAUUCUCCUUAGCAAAGAAGAGCUUCUCACAGGGAAGCAUCUUCUGGAAACAGCUGCAUGCAAGUCUUCCAGACCCUCUCCUUCAACCGCUCAGCUUCUGGCAUCCAGCUUUGAAAAUUUUUUUAAGAACUUCAAGAAGGAAAGUAAAAUCCUCUCUGAGGAAACUAUCACCUUGAUUGAAUCCCACCUGGAGAAUAAGAACCUCCCGGGAGCGGUUUCUGCAAUCAGCGAUGCUCUGAGAAACAUCGACAAAGCCCCACUGAACAUUGCAGUGACGGGAGAAACAGGGGCGGGCAAAUCCAGCUUUAUCAAUGCCCUGAGGGGAGUGUGGGAUGAAGAAGAAGGCGCAGCUGCCACUGGGGUGGUAGAGACAACCAUGGAGAGAACUCCAUACCCACACCCAAAGCUUCCCAUGGUGACAAUAUGGGACCUGCCUGGGAUUGGAUCCACAUCGUUCCCUCCCCAAAACUACCUAACAGAAAUGAAGUUUGCUGAGUAUGACUUCUUCAUUAUCAUCUCGGCUACUCGCUUCAAAGACACUGAUGCACAUUUGGCCAAAGCCAUUGCCAAGAUGAAUACAAAGUUCUACUUUGUCCGAACCAAGAUAGAUCAGGAUAUAAGUAAUGAACAAAAGAGUAAACCUAAGACUUUCAACAGAGACGGCGUCUUAAAGAAAAUCAGAGGUGACUGUUCAAGGCAUCUCCAGGAGACUCUCUCCAGUGAGUACCCAGUUUUCUUGGUCUCUAACUUUGAUGUGUCCGACUUUGACUUCCCAGAGCUGGAGACCACCCUACUGAGUGAGCUCCCAGCCCACAAGCGCCACGUCUUCAUGCUGUCCUUGCACAGUGUUACUGAGACUGCCAUUGACCGGAAGAGGGAUUUCUUGAAACAGAAGAUCUGGCUAGAGGCCUUGAAGGCUGGAGCUUGGGCCACCAUUCCAUUUGGGGGCUUGGUCCUAGAUAAGAUUCAGAAGGUAGAGGAGACCUUGGACCUCUACAGGUCCUACUUUGGGCUGGAUGACACCUCGCUGGAAAAUAUUGCCAAGGAUUUUAACGUGUCUGUCAAUGAGAUCAAAGCACACCUUAAGUCUCUCCGUUUGCUAACAAGGACCAACGACAUGUCCUUAGAAGAAAAACUAUGGAAAUACAUUGAAUAUAUUUCCUCUGUUACAGGGGGACCACUUGCCACAGGCCUUUACUUUAGAAAGACUUUCUAUUUGAAAAAUCUCUUCAUUGAUACCGUGGCAAGUGAUGCCAAGACUCUUCUCAAUAAGGAGUUUUUAUCAGAGAAGCUGACUGACCUCCCAGAAUACUGGGAAGCAGCGAUGAAGCUAUGAGGCACUUACCUUCGGGCUGGCUUUGGUCACUGACUUAUGAGCUACUUUGAAGCAGCAAACGUUUUCUAUGAAAGACCAGAGGAUUCACCUCUUUCAGAGUCUGUGGCAGCUGAAGAAGAGUCAUCAACAACGUAAACACACAUGGGAAAAGCUGUCUCCCACUACAAUACCAUGAUGAGAACACACGGGUGUAUACAAGUGGCUUGUAAUAUCCUUCUGAAAUUAAACUUGGAUGUUUUGUCUCAUGGAGAUUCCCCAGGCAUCGCGACAUGAAUAUCUUUUGGGGUUAUGAAGGACAGGGUAUAUACAAGUAACUUGUAAUAUCCUUGUGGAAUUAACCUUGGAUAUUUUGUCUCACGGAGAUUUCCCAAACAUUGCCAAACUCUCCUAAGAUGAAGACACUGUUUCCUGCAUUGAUGAUUUUUUUUUUUUAUGAAGUUCAAGGAGCUGGUUCCCAGUGUACAUCUCCACAUGAAGUGGUAUCUCUUGGACACAAGAACUACAUGGUAGAUGAUCUUUGGGACUAUCGUCCAUGCUCCUCCAGGAGGAGCUGAAACACACAGAUUGGUGGACAUAUCUGCAGGUUCUUUUGGUCCUUGGAAACAAGGAAAUUAUAUUCCAUAUCUUUUAUCAGUCAACCUGUGUGAGUUCAGAAUUCAGGUUGUAGGCAAAGUAAACACUAAUUAAAUUGUCUCUCCUUGGGGGGCUAAGGUCACUCCAAGACAUUACUGCUUUAAUGUCUAGGAGACUUUGUUGGUGUUUAGCCUCACUUGAGACUGGUUAGCAUGUGGAGUUAUUGCCAGUUUCUUCAUCUACAGCAUCCUUUGAGACCCAGUGUCUCUUUUGGGCAUCUAACAUCACCCUUUGUUAAAAUCCCAGUGUUGCUUUCUGUAUGUAGACCUGUCCUUCUAGAAGGAAGGUAAGGAGUCAUGCAUGGGAUGCAAUGUGCAGAAAACCAACACACACAUUUUAGCUCUGCAUUGGGCCUCUUCAGAGAAAAGGAAGCAAUAUAUCAUAUCCAUAUCUUCUUAUACCAAUCACUGGAUCUAUAUAGUAUUAGAGUUAAUUCCUUUCAUGCCACAGUGCCCUAAACACCUGACAGAAACUGCUGAAGAGAAGAAAGGUUUCAUCUGGCAACAGUUUCAGAGAAUUACCCUCUGUCAUAACAGAAGGGGCGUGGGGAGGAAAACAGUGUAAGAGAAGACGGUGAACAUGGUGGCAGAGAGCUAGGAGACAACAAGGGGCAGGAAUAUCAAAGUACUGGCUUUUGUGACCUGCUUCCACCACCUAGGCCCUCCCUCCUAAAGGCUCAACAACAUCCAAAAAAAUAAUGCCAUGCUGGGGACCGGGUGAUUAAUACCAGGGUCUGUGGUGGUCUUCAAACCAGAGCACUAUCAUAUCCCCAACUUACCACGUCUCUCUCCUCAACUUCCUCUCCUCCUUUCUCUCCUUUCCC